CUCAUCAUUCUCUUACUUCCUUUUCAAGGAUACUUUAAAGAUGAAGAAAGAGUAAAGAUGAAACCCAAGAAAAAAGUGGGGGCAAAGAACCGAGGUAUGUGGGUGUCACCUGGAACUGUGUUCCUUUCAUUACAGUAGAGAGAUUCCAUUUACUAAACCAUCCUUAUUGUUACUCAUCAUCUUGGGAUUUUCAAUCAACCCUUUCUUUUCUCUUUAUUUAACAAGUUAUAUAAAACAAGUAUAGUUAUAAAUUUUGAUUAUGGAAUCUACAAAUCUCCAUCAUCUCCAAGACCAACAACCUCCUCUUCCUGUUUCUUCUUUAUCUUCUUCUAUCCCAUCUUCUUAUGCUGUUGGAGGAGGAACCACCACCAUCCACUCUUGGACCCCAACAAACAUCACUUUGAAUAAUGCUGCAGGUAACUUCAACUCAAAUCUCCAAGAAGUUAAUCCGAGAUAUUCGAGAUCAAGCGCGAUGAUUCAAGGUUUAGGUUAUCAUCAUCAUCAUCAUCAAUGGACAAAUGAUGAUGUUAACAGAAACCAUGAGUCAGAUUGUGUUAAGGAAGAGAUUUCAUUUGCGAGUUUUCCUAAAUUUACUGAAAUGCUUAAUUACACUCCUCCGAAUUCAAACAUGGAGAACUAUGGAAUACUUGAUGAUUCUUCCACUACAAUACAGAUGAAGAAUAGUACUAAUGAUGAACACAAGGAUAUGAAUGCUCUCAUGCUCAAGAAUCUUUACACUGGUGGAGACUUUUACAAUGCUCAAAAUUAUCAUAACAUUAAUGGUAGCCAGAUUCACCCUAGUAUAAAUAUCUCGAACUUGAAUCAUUACUCGUCUUCGUCUACCACCUCAACCUUGGACAUGAACAUGCAGUCAUUAGAUCUACUAACUAAUUCACAAGAUCAUCAUCUUGGUAGAUUUAGUACUAAUGAUCAUGAAAACCUUUCUUUUCAUCUUCAUCCUAUGCCGAACGAACUCGCAAACAGAUCCUCUUCUAGUAACUCCAUUAAUAAGCCGUCGCUACUCAGCAAUGGUGGCGGAGAAACAAAGAGAGUGAUGCAAUCGAAGGCUUCUCAAUCGGAAACGGCAUUGAAGAAAUCACGAUCUUCAUCAGAAUCACGACCGCCUUCGUGUGCACCCUUUAAGGUUAGGAAAGAAAAAUUAGGAGAUAGGAUUGCGGCUCUUCAACAGUUGGUGGCUCCUUUUGGAAAGACUGACACUGCAUCUGUACUCAUGGAAGCUAUUGGAUACAUUAAAUUCCUUCAAGGCCAAGUAGAGACACUAAGUGUUCCCUAUAUGAAGUCAUCACAAAACCAAAACAACAUAUUGAUGCAAGGGGAUUCGGCCAUAGGUGACACAAAUGGAGAAGCAAAGCAAUAUCUGAGAAGUCGAGGACUGUGUCUCGUGCCAUUGUCAUGCAUGUCAUACAUAGCAGGUGAUGGGAGCACUGAGGGGUGGCAACAACGCCCGAACUUUGGUGGACCAGCUUGAUUAUUGAUAGUAAUAAUAUCAAAUAAUUCUACAAAUGGAAGUUAAGUAAUGAGUUUAAAAACAAAUCUAAGUGUAUCCAUGUUUAAUGGAGCAAACUUGAUCUUCCUUCGUAAGAAUCAAUGAUGGCCAAGUUUGAUCCAUUAAAUUAAACAUCUUGUAUCAUUAAUUAAUUAUAUUGUACGUACAUUUUGCUA